UCCUGGAAGUUAAUGCAAAAUAUUAAAAUGCAUGUUUUGUUUUAAUAGCAGUGCUAAUAUAUUCAGUUUCAUUUGGCUCAUUGUAACUGAAUAUUUUACUAAUUACUUCCAGUGAAAUUUAUGAUUUGGUUUCAAGUUUACUUGGUGAUAAUUUGGCUUUUUACUUGUCAAACUUGUCAUGUGACGUUCAUUGAGCUUGACGCAGCAUGGCAGAGCAUUUCCACCUGAGCACUCCACUACUGGAAAGUACCAGCAUGUCCAAACGGGUCGGAACCACCGUCUACCUGAAGAUGGAGAACUCACAGCCCACUGGUUCUUUCAAGAUCCGGGGCAUCGGACACCUUUGUCAGCAGAGGAUAGAGCGGUUUUUCUGCUACAAAACUUUGAACAGCUUGCCAAAGGAUCCAAAGGCAUCAUCUCUGCUUCAGCUGGUGUUCCAAAAACUCCGGGAUCAAGGUGCAAAUGUGAAGAUUACAGGAAAGGUUUGGGACGACGCAAAUGCAGAAGCUCUCAGACUUGCAGAAACCGAAGGCCUCACCUACGUUCCUCCUUUUGACCAUCCUCUGCUCUGGCAGGGUCAUGCCAGUAUGAUCAGAGAGGUCGCGACUUCUCUGGGUCCCACUGUGAAGCCUGGAGCUGUUGUGGUCUCAGUGGGAGGAGGAGGUCUCCUGUGUGGGGUCAUCCAGGGCCUGAAGGAAGUGGGCUGGGCGGAUGUACCCAUCAUCGCCAUGGAAACGGUUGGAGCCAACUGUUUCAAUGCUGCAGUGAAGGCGGGAAGGUUGGUCACCUUGGAUGACAUCACCAGCGCGGCCACAUGUCUCGGAGCCAAGACAGUUUGCCAGAAAGCUUUUGAAUACAGCCAGAGCGGAGAGCUGACCAUCAUAUCUGAACUGGUCACCGACCAGCAGGCUUUGCAUGCCGUCCAAACAUUCCUGGAUGAGGAGCGUGUGCUGGUGGAGUUGGCAUGUGGGGCUUCUUUAGCAGCCAUCUACAGUGCAGUCGUACGCAGAUUACAAGAUGAAGGUCGUCUCCCAGAAGAUUUGCGCUCUCUGCUGGUGAUUGUGUGUGGUGGCAGCAGUAUCGACUCGGAGCAGCUGAGUUGCCUCAGACACAAACUACAAACUUGAUCUACUGCAUUCACGUGUGCAUGAAGACAAUAGGUCUGGUGGGGGCGGGCAAUAAUUUGGUGAAUAAUACAGGGAUGAAAAGAGGAAUGGAACACCAUAAAUUUUUGCACAGUUACAUUGACUCUGCUGAGUGCAUAUGGUCCCACUCCAAAGAGCGUCAGAUCAGCUUUAUCAUAAUAUAAAUGUACAGUCGAUCAACUUCAUUUAUGACAGAGUUGAUUGAACACUACAGUCGAUCAACUUGAUUUAUGAGUUGAUUGAACACUGUUUGGAGUGGGACCAUACUAUGUACUUAAACAAAAAAAAUGAAGAUAUUAAAAUGUAAACUACUUUAAAAAAAAAUUUAAAUUUUUAUUUUUUUGUAAUUCUGUGUAAGGAAUUUGUGUGUGUAAACACAAUUUCUACACCCCCCAAUU